AGUCACUUUCUCUCUUUUUACACUGUCUUGCUGUUGCAGUUAUCAGUCAGUAAUCACUUUGCCCCUUAUUUUCAGCCAAAAAAAAAAACAAACAAAAAACCCAAAACAGGGGAAAUUGCUAAGCUCACAUCUCAUGUCUCCUUCCUCUUUCUCUCACUCCCUCUAUCAAAUCAUCAUACUCCAUUCAUAAUCUUAUUGCUGGAUGCCAUUUUGUUGAAGCUGUCAUUUGUAGCUGACAAAAUUCAGCCAAGAUUCGAUUUUGGUGCCCAAUUCCACUCAAAAGAUCCCAUCUUUUUUAUUGGGCAUUCAUUAAGAUUUGGAUCUCUGCCGCAGAAGCAAAUGGGUCGUCACAAAGCUUCAAUCUUGAUUGUUCUUCUUCAUCUACUACUCCUCAAAUUUCAAGCUUUUGCUGCAGCAGAGAAUUAUCCAUCCCCUUUAAAUUGCACAGACACAACUCGCUUAUGCACAUCGUUUCUAGCCUUCAAGCCCUCGCCGCAGCAGACGCUCCCAGUGAUUCUGAGCAUGUUUGAUGUGUUGCAAGAAGAUGUAACCGUGGAAGGAAAUGGGAGGGACUACGUUUUCAUCAAAAAGAACUGUUCUUGCGCUCUGGGGCUGCGCAAGUACUUGAGCAACACAACUUUUACGGUGAGAGAGAAUAACGGCUCUGUUUAUGGCCUAGUGAGGGAAUCCUAUGAUGGGUUGGCCUAUUUUCCCUCGAAUAUCACUAGGGCGGCGAGGAGAGGCUCUGUGGUGUCGCUGAGGUUGAUGUGUGGUUGCUCGAGUGGGCUGUGGAAUUAUUUGAUGAGCUAUGUGAUGCAAGAGGGGGAUAGUGUGGAGUCUCUGGCUAGCAGAUUUGGAGUUAGUAUGGAUAGUAUUGAGAGUGUUAAUGAGAUUGCUAAUCCUGAUAAUGUGACUGUUGGAGCUCUCUAUUACAUACCCCUGAAUUCUGUUCCUGGUGAACCUUAUCCUGUAAAGAAUGACACUACUGCUGCUCCUGCUUCAGCUCCAUCUGUUGAUGACAUUAUAGGAGAUCAGGUGAACAAAAAGAGUCACAUACCGUAUUGGUGGAUCAUUGGAAGUCUGGCUGUUGGUUUGGCUCUUAUUAUCGUGGGUGUGCUUCUUUUUGUUUGCUUGAGAUUAUCGGGCUGCUGCAGGGGAUCCCAAGGAAGCCAAGCAAAAGACUCCGAUGGGAAGAGCUCUCACAAAUUUCAGAUUCUGCGGAACACAAGUUUCUGCUGUGCUUCAGGAAGGUCGGUAUGUGGCAAAUCCGGAGACUUCCAGCGACCUAAUGGGGAAUCUAGCAAUCGGCAUAUGAACAUCCCCACAGUUAUAGGAACCGAUGUUUUUGAGGUGGAGAAGCCGUUAGUUUUCACGUACGAAGAUAUUCUGUCUGCAACAGACGGCUUUUCUGAAUCUAAUCUUCUGGGACAUGGAACAUACGGCUCCGUGUAUUAUGGCCUACUAAAGCAGGACCAGGAAGUUGCUGUUAAAAAAAUGACUGCUACGAAGACGAAAGAAUUCAUGGCAGAGAUGAAAGUUCUAUGCAAAGUCCAUCAUACAAAUUUGGUAGAGUUAAUCGGUUACACAGCUAGCGGCGAAGAUCUCUUUCUCAUAUAUGAAUAUGCUCAAAAGGGUUCGCUUAAGAGCCACUUGCACGACCCUCAGAACAAAGGCCAUACAUCACUAUCGUGGAUAAUGAGACUACAAAUAGCACUUGAUGCUGCUAGAGGUCUUGAGUACAUACAUGAGCACACGAAACCUCACUAUGUGCAUCGUGAUAUUAAAACAAGCAAUAUCUUACUCGAUGGAAGCUUUAGAGCAAAGAUAUCAGAUUUUGGAUUGGCCAAGCUCGUUGCAACAACAAAUGAUGGGGAAGAGUCGGUCACCAGAGUUGUUGGAACAUAUGGCUAUCUAGCUCCCGAGUACAUGAGGGAUGGCCUCGCAACGACUAAAAGCGAUGUUUAUGCAUUUGGUGUGGUGCUCUUCGAAAUGGUGUCCGGAAAGGAAGCCAUGACAAGGAGUGCUGAGAGGCGCUCGCUAGUAUCCAUUAUGGUGGCAGCGAUGAGGAACUCGCCCGACUCCAUGACCAUGGCAAGCCUGAAGGAUCACGUCGAUCCUAACUUGAUGGAUCUGUAUCCGCACGACUGUCUUUUCAAGUUGGCUAUUUUGGCGAAGCAAUGCGUUGAAGAGGACCCCAUUUUGAGGCCGGACAUGAAGCAGGUGGUGAUAUCGCUUUCGCAGAUACUGUUGUCCUCGGUCGAGUGGGAAGCAACGCUUGCCGGAAACAGCCAGGUGUUCAGUGGUCUGGUUCAAGGAAGAUAAGGAGGUGAUCAACAACUGCCAAAACUGCCAGUUUUGGUGUCUGUCUAAAUAUGAUUAUUCAUCUGUGUUUACUGUGGAGUUUUGUGUGCAUAGAAAGCAUAGAUUUUUUUGCGUGUUGAGGUUACUUCUAUAAUUCUUUCAUCACUUGCUAGUAUUUUUUUUGGAUGGUUUAGAGACUUCUCUAAUAGUCUAAGAUGCAAAAUCAUAAUGAUAAAAGCAUAUUGUAAUAUUA